AUGAUUGGAAAGCGGAAAAGAGACAAGUCCGUUGUCUCGAGGAGCACGAUAGAAGAUUCUUCCGAUAGCCCCUCUGCGAGUACGGAUGCGGCCCACGAUGUCUUCCGAAGAUACUUUGAAGCAAAGUUUCAGCCAUUAAAACCACAAUCAGUCCAGAAGGCAGAACCGGGUGAAGGGAUGGAUGAUCAUCUUGAUGAGUCGGUGACAGGCUCUGACUGGGAUGGGCUGUCUGAAGGAGAGGAGGACGAGGGGGAGGACGAGGAGGACCAGGGGGUCGAGGUAGAGGUUGUUGACCAUACGGCUUCCUACAACACCAAGGACGAUCUGUUGGAUAAAAAGGCCCGAAAGGCAUUCAUGAGCGCUAAAGUACCUUCCUCCGUAACCGCAAGUCGUUCGAAAGCUACGUCUACGAAGGAUACGGAGAAGGAGACGAAAAAGGAGGAAGGAGAAGACGCGCUGGACGUGCAAAACUUGAAGAAUGACCUUGCGCUACAAAGACUGCUGCGGGAAUCCCACCUUUUAGACUCGGCGUCAGAUCUGGCACCAACGGGAAAGAAUCGACACAAGGCAAUCGAUCUUCGGCUGCAGGCGCUCGGGGCAAAAACAUCGAUUUUCAAGCAGGAGAAGAUGCCGUCUGCGCAUCGGUUGGGGAUCAAUGCCAAAGCGGCGAUGAAAGAAGACAAACGGCGACGCGAGGCCAAGGAGAACGGCAUCAUCCUCGAGAAACCAACGUUCAAGUCGAAUGCGAGCGAUGCCAAACGCCGCGAGCGCGGCGUCGGGGGUCCCUCGAUUGGCAAAUUCGCCGGCGGUGCUCUGAAUCUGAGCAAGAGAGAUCUGGCUCGCGUGCAGGGGCCCUCCAGGAGAGGGCGGGGGAAGGGGAAGUCCAGAGGGCGCCGCUAG